UCUGUCCGCCGACCGUAGGGGGCGCUCGUCACGGAACUCUGCUUUGUGUACGGGGGCCUCCGAAACCGGGGUAACUUAGGAACGACCGCGCUCUCCAUCCGGGACCGCCGUCGCUUCGUUGGAGCUCCCGAGCGAAAUGGUCGCUCAGGCCUUGGCCGCCGGGCCUCCGGGCUCCCCGUGAAGGGUCGGAGGAUGCGCGGGGAGUAGCAGCGGUCUGCUGGCGAGCGGAGACGGACACCCCCGGGACCUCUCCGAUUCCCCCUGCGCUUCUCCCUGCGAGCCUCCAGGCUAAUGUGCAAUACCAACAUGUCUGUGUCUGCCGAGGGUGCUGCAGGCACCUCACAGAUUCCAGCUUCGGAACAAGAGACUCUGGUUAGACCCAAACCAUUGCUUUUGAAGUUGUUGAAGUCUGUUGGAGCACAAAAAGAUACUUACACUAUGAAGGAGAUUAUAUUUUAUAUUGGCCAGUAUAUUAUGACUAAAAGAUUGUAUGACGAGAAGCAGCAGCAUAUUGUGUACUGCUCAAAUGAUCUCCUAGGAGAUGUGUUUGGCGUCCCAAGUUUCUCUGUGAAGGAGCACAGGAAAAUAUAUGCAAUGAUCUACAGAAACUUAGUGGUUGUAAGUCAGCAAGACUCUGGCCCAUCGAUGAGUGAGAGCAGAUGCCAGCCUGAAGGUGGGAGUGACCUGAAGGACCCUGUGCAAGCGCCACAAGAAGAGAACCCUUCAUCUUCUGACUUAGUUUCUAGACCAUCUACCUCAUCUAGAAGGAGAGCAAUUAGCGAGACAGAAGAGAACACAGAUGAGCUGCCUGGUGAGCGACAGAGGAAGCGCCACAGAUCCCUGUCCUUUGAUGAGAGCCUGGGCCUGUGUGUGCUGAGGGAGAUCUGCUGUGAGCACAGCAGCAGCAGCAGCAGUAGCAGCAGCAGCGAGUCCAACGAGGCCACCUCGCCGCAGGAUCUCGAUGACGGCCUAAGUGAACAUUCUGGUGAUUGCCUGGAUCAGGAUUCCGUUUCUGAUCAGUUUAGUGUAGAAUUUGAAGUUGAAUCUCUUGACUCAGAAGAUUACAGCCUGAGCGACGAAGGGCACGAGCUCUCAGACGAGGAUGAUGAGGUCUACAGGGUCACAGUCUAUCAGGCAGGAGAAAGUGAUGCAGACUCUUUUGAGGGAGAUCCUGAAAUUUCCUUAGCUGACUAUUGGAAGUGUCCCUCAUGCAGCGAGAUGAACCCUCCCCUGCCAUCACACUGCAACAGAUGCUGGACCCUCCGUGAAAACUGGCUUCCAGAAGACAAAGGCAAAGAUAAAGUGGAAAUCUCUGAAAAAGCCAAACUGGAAACCUCAGCUGAGGCAGAAGAAGGCUUAGAUGUGCCUGAUGGCAAAAAACUGACCGAGACUGAGGCUAAGGAGCCGUGUGCUGAGGACACGGAGGAGAAGGUCGGGCAGACGCCCCUGUCGCAGGAGAGUGACUCUUCCCAGCCGUCCACCUCCAGCAGCAUUGUUUACAGCAGCCAAGAAAGUGUCAAAGAGUUGAAGGAAGAAACCCAGGACAAAGAGGAGAGUAUGGAGUCUAGCUUCUCUGUGAAUGCCAUCGAACCGUGUGUGAUUUGCCAGGGGCGACCUAAAAAUGGCUGCAUUGUUCAUGGCAAAACCGGACACCUCAUGUCAUGUUUCACGUGUGCAAAGAAGCUCAAGAAAAGGAAUAAGCCCUGCCCGGUGUGCAGACAGCCCAUCCAGAUGAUUGUGCUGACUUACUUCAACUAGCUGCCGGCCGCAAAAACAGAGUUUUAUAUUUCUGACUAUAUAACCUCCAAAUUAGACAACAUGGGUGUUAUUUUUAUACAUUAAAGCCAGAAAACUUAGUUCACAUAAAAUUUAUUUGUGAUUUAUCCUUGAGAGUAAAAAUAGUGAAUGUUUUCUUUUAGGGAAAUUUCACUUGAUUAUUUUAUAUUUGUGUUUUAAUGUAAUUCGCAUUGGUUGUUUUCAUUUUCCUUCUAUUUUAAUACUCUUCACUUGGAAGGACUUUUGGAAGUGUACUUUGUGCAGAGAAAAGUCCUCUCCAUCUCCGUGUCUUGCAGAUGAUUGAUGAUGGCCUUCCUCAAAGGGGGCUACAGAAGAAGUACUUGAUUUCUUUGUUUUCUUCAUUAAUAAUAAGAGCAUUUAAUUUAUUUAGUAUCUCAUGUAAAGAGUACAGACUAUGUGAAGGAUUUUAUAUUUAAGUUAUUGAAAUUCUGAAAUUCCUUAGUUCUCUAAAAUGUGUGAGUUGUGGGAUGCAGGGAAGACUCAGCCAGCAAAGGCGCCUGCUGCAUCCGCCUAACGACACACAUUUGAUCCUUGGAAGCACAGAAAGAGGGAACCACAAAUUUGUUCUCUGAUCUCCAAAUGGACACAUAUACACAGUAUUUUUAAAAAAGAUAUGAGUUGCAUCUAGUGACACACAAGUGAACACACCUUAUUUUCCAGCUUUCCCAGCUUUUUGUCGUAGGUCGCGUGGCACAAGUGCAGCCGUUUGUCCCAGGUUGGGAAGUCUGAGGCUCUUAGUAGCACCUUCUUGCCUCAGCUCCAUGGUUCCUGAUGCUUGCCUAAGUUUCAGGCCUGCACUUAGGCUAGGUUUAGAAACCAGUCCAUUCAGAAAGACUGAAUCAGAGCAUGGGUAAAGUGAACUCAUUUUAAAAUGACUCCUCUGUUCCUGUGAUCGAAGGCUCAUGUCUAAGUAUAGAAAACAUAAGCACCUAAACUGUGCCUUUAGUGUAACCAGAGGACAGUUCCGUAUUGCUGUUGAUGUAAAGCAUCAAGAACACUUCUCCCACAUGACUUAGCAUCUAAGUAGAAGGCAGUGCUUCAGCCGGGGCAGCCGAACUCUGGAGCCUCAUACCCAAUUUACAGUCUAAUACUGAGGUUAUAUCCUUACGUAUUAUUAGUUCUUAAAUGUUUGUUUAGAUGUGGAAUACAUAUGUUAUUUAUUUGACAAUAAAUGGUUUAUCGUUUCAAGAGA